AGAAUGACUAAAAAAAGGAAACAUCAAGAAGAUUUCCAGAAAGUGAAAUUAAAAGUUGGGAAAAAAAAGCCUAAACUAGAGAAUGCAACUGAUACUACCUUCAAAACAAAGGCCAUACAAAUUCCUGAGCAGCUUAAAGAAGAUGGAGUGCUUCCUACGCAAAAUAGAAAACUUAACAUAAAGGAUCUGCUUUCACAGAUGCAUCACUAUAGUCCUGGGGUUAAGCAUAAUGCACUUCUUGGGCUCAAAGAUCUCCUGUCUCAGUAUCCAUUUGUAAUUGAUGCGCACCUUUCGAAUAUAAUAAGUGAGGUGGCAGCUGUGUUUACAGACAAAGAUUCUGGUGUCAGAGGAGCAGCUGUUCACCUGCUGCAAUUCUUGGCUUCAAAAAUAAGAGCGGAACAGAUUGCUCCAUUUUUUCCUUUGGUAAGUGCCCAUCUCUCCAGUGCCAUGACUCAUAUCAGUGAGGGGAUUCAGGAAGAUUCAUUGAAAGUCUUGGACGUUUUACUGGAAGCAUACCCAGCUCUUCUCACAGACCGCAGCAGUAUAUUGUUGAAGAAUUUUGUAGAGCUUAUUUCUCACCAGCAACUGUCAAAAAGACUGAAAAGCAGAGAGAAACUUUCCUGGAUGCUCUCUGUUAACCCAAAUCGCAGAGUAACUUCUCAGCAGUGGAGGUUGAAUGUACUUACCAGGCUCAAGAAGUUUCUCCAAGCAGUGGUAGAUGGAUCCAGUGAAAUAGAGGAUGAAGGGCUUCAAGAACAAAAGGAUAGCCCUCAUUCUGUGAGGAACCCAGUAUGUAUAAGUUGGAAGGUCCAUGCAAAUAAUCAGCAACAUAUACAACUGUUUGAAAAUGGUGGCUUACGACCAAAGAUCAACUCAUCGUUUAGGCUGAGGUCUCUGGCAAGUGUAAUGGACAGUGCAGAAAAAGGCCUGUCCUCGGCUGAAAACUUAAAAGGUUUUAUUGAGAUAAUAAUUCCAUUACUGAUUGAGUGCUGGAUUGAAGCAUCUCCUGCACAAUCAGCUCCCAUUCUUGGAAACCUUUUGGAAUCAGAAUCUCAGCAGCUUAUGCAGCAAGUGCUUAGUAUAAUACAUUUGUUGUGGAAACUCACAAAGCGACAUGAUGAAACAUACAAAAUGGAGCUAUGGCUUCGAAUGAAUUACCUUGUUGAUUUCAAGCACCAUUUCAUGCGUCAUUUUCCUUAUUCUUUACAAGAAACAGUAAAGCAGAAAAAGAAAGAUUCGUGCAAAGGCAACAAGUAUUGUAUGACAUCCUCAAACAGUGUAGACCAUCUUUUACUGAACUUAACCUUGUGUGACAUAAUGGUUUCACUAGCAAGCACUUCAACACUUCAGAUGGAUUCUGGUUGGCUGGACAUGAUAAGGAAAUUUGUGACAGAUACUCUUCAGGACGGCAGCAAGCUGAAUAGCAAGCAGGUGAACAGAUUGCUUGGUGUGACUUGGAGACUAAUGCAAAUACAGCAAAACAAAGUGGCAACAGAACCCUUGAUAAAAGCAGUAUAUACACUGUACCAGCAAAGGAAUCUCCUCUUUCCUGUUCGUACAUUGCUUCUGAAAUUUUUUAGCAGAGUUUACCAAAAAGAAGAUUUGAGGACUCAAAGAAUCAGAAGUCGAAGUAAAGUGUUAUCUCGCUGGUUGGCUGGCUUACCUCAGCAGCUCGCUCUACUUGGCUUGAGAAACCCUGAGCUUUCAAAUCAGCUGAUUGAUAUCAUUCAUUCUGCUGCUUCUCGUUCGAACAAGGAAUUACUACAAAGUUUACAAGCCACUGCUGCUCGAAUAUAUGACCCGCUAGUAGGUUGUGCAUUCUUAAUUAUAUGGUUUUUAAUAAACUCUCUGCUAUUGGUUUUGUGUAGAUCGUCCUUUGCAGGCUGGAAGUGCCAAGUGCAGGAUAAUUCAGUGAAUGAUGUGGACUAUUUCAGCUUCUUGUUUUCAACCCUUAUAGGGUUUUCAAGAGAGGAGUUGACUAGUCUCCAGGGCAUUAGAGGAAAGCCACACAUUAGCCAGACACAGCUUUCACCUGUCCGUCUUUACCUAACUGAUCUGGACCAGUUUUUACACCACUGGGCUGUGACAGAGAUGAUCUGUCACAGCUUGUCCACUAUACCUUCACAAAGUCAGUGUUUUGACAUUCUCCAGACCGGCAUCUGUAAAUAUCUGGUCGGAUUGGUUGUAAUACCCGAUAGCACAGCUGGAUCUGUUCUAUGUGCCAUAAAUAAGCUCUUGGAUCAAGCUUGCAUCCUAAGUGAAAACUUGAACAAGUUCUUAGCCUCUUGUUGUUACAGUCUUCUGUACUUUCUGCUAACUUUAGACAAAGAGGAUGCAGAACAUGUACAGAAAAGGGAUAUGCUGUGGGGAUCGUGUAUUUCUGCAUUAGCACUCCUGCCACGAUUACUGAGACUGAUGCUGCAAAGUCUGCAAGUGAGCAGGAUCUGUCGGGAAGAACUGCCCGUCGUUGCUCAGUUGCUUCGCUUACUAAUGCAACAUGGUCAGCUCAGGAGCCAUAUGAUCACAAAUGAAUUUCUGGUGCAACAGAUUAUCAAGGACAUCAUGACACUGAAGAGUGGUGAAGUUCAAGAGCAGUGGCUAACAGACCUCCAUUACUGUUUCAACAUCUACCUUGCCUCUCAUCCCCAGGGACCUGGCCCUGUAAACGCCGUAUAUUAAAGAGGUCGAACUGCAUUUAUUGUAAAGCAUUUACUUCUAUUUAGUUUUGAAUGGAAGAUGUUGGAACAAAGCUUGUCCAUUUUUUUGUAAGUGAAACAGAAUAAAAAUUUUACAAAGAACUGCA